UUUAAGUUGCUAGUUUAGUGACUGUACGAUUUGUUAAAUACCUGGUAAAAUUAAUCAAAAAUCAAACAUCAUGGAAUUAUUAAAAGAACGCCCUGACAUUAUAAGCUUCCUUGAAAAUGUUGCCAAAGAACAAGGAAUGCGCAACUAUAAACUAACCAAUAUUCAGACUAACAAAGAAAAAGAAGGAAACAUGGGAUUAAUCAUCAUGGCAACUAUCGAAGAAACCACCACCAACAAAAAACUCAACCUUGUAGUAAAAGCAGCUUUCUUAGACGAAGAUGUUCGACAAAACGUACCAAUCGAAAGAGCCUUCUUAAACGAAAUCUAUUUUUACACAGAAGUUUAUCCAACGUUUAAAAAAUUCGAGCGUGAAUGCGGAAUUUUACAUGGAAUUAAUUUUGUGCCCAAAUGCUACAAGACGUUGACUGACAAUGGAAAAGAAAUGUUGUGUUUGGAUAAUUUAAAAGCUUCAAAUUUUGAAAUUUUCGACAAGAAUUUGAAUUUGGAUCAUGAACAUGUUAGUUUAAUUUUUAAAACUUAUGGUAAAUUUCAUGCGUAUUCCUUUGCUAUGCAAGACCAAAGACCUGAAGAAUACGCUAAACUGGUUGGGAAGUUUUACAACAUUUAUUGUGAGUUCUUGGAUAACCCAAACGAGAACAUUAAGAACUAUUUGAAGGGGUCGGGUAAAGUUAUUGAGGAAUGUUUAAUACCGGGAGAAGAUGAUGAGGCGAUAGAAAAAUAUAAAAAAUACGUGGAUUACGGUAUUGUGCAGCAAAUGAUUGAGGUGGUAACAGCAGACUGUGAUCAUUCGGUUGUUUUACACGGCGACUGUUGGAGCAAUAAUAUGAUAUUUAAAUACGAGACAGAAAACGAUGUUAAAAAGCCAAUAGAUAUGCGUUUCUUAGAUUUGCAAGUGGUUAAAGUUGGAAGCCCUGCUUGUGAUUUGUCUUAUGCCUUAUACUCCGGUGCUUUUAAGGACGUCUAUGAUAACUUAGAUGAUUAUUUAAAAAUCUAUUACGAGAGUUUUUCAUCCCUCCUGAAGGGGUUGGGGAGUGACCCCGAGAAAUUAUUUCCGUUUGAAGCUCUUAAAAAUCAUUGGAAAAAAUAUGCGAGGUUUGGAAUGAUAAUGGCUUAUGGAAUUCUCACCGUAAAAUCGCCUGGCAAAAAAGUGGUGCAGAUAACUGGGGAUGAUGAAAGUUCUAAUAAGUUAGUUGGAGAAGAAAAUAAAAAUUUUAGGAGACGAUUAAGGGAGUUAGUGAAACAUAUGGCAAAAAUUGAUGCUUUAUGAAGUCUUUUAAUACUUCUAAACAAACUUUAUAGAUUAUAUUGCAUUUUAACUACAAGAAUGAGCGGAUUAUUAUUACUUAGCAGCCCCUGUCGAGAAAUGGGACGUAAAUUAAGUACGUCUAGUGCUCUCACCGAUUCCUAAAUCCAGGGUCUGCUCACAAAAUAUUCCAUCCUCAUCGUAACAGUCACUUAAUGUGUAUAAAAAAUAAAAUAUUUUUUUAAAUAUAUACUUAUAUUAACUAUAAUUGUGUAAUUACAAUAAUAAAAAGCCCAUAUAGCUUUCAUAA